GUCCCAUCACUAUUUAAAAAAAACAAUGUUACGUUUCUCAUGUUUGGUGGAGAUUGGAUUUCGUGAUUUAUUGUAAUUUUACUAUAUAAAAUAACCGAGAAAUAGGAAUAAGGUCUCUGAAAUGACCCGCCAAGUGGACGUAAAGGCUCUCGUAUCUCACAUUGUACGUGGAGAUGGCAUCGACAAAUGCCGUAUUUGUAUGGGGGACACUUCCGAAGGGCAGGUUUUCUUGGGAGACACCGUGAUGCUGGAUGGAAACAAGCCUGUGACUCUUGCAGAGCUACUGGAAACUCUCACUGGAGUUGAGGUGCAGUUGGACGGUGCCCUCCCAGCCGGGCUAUGCUCGAUAUGCACCGUAUCAGCCAUGGAGGCCGGCAACUUCCGGCUCUUCUGCUGCGAUGCCAGCAGCCGCUGGGAUAAAACCCUUGCACUGAUGGAGAACCUUCCAAAGCCAGAAGAUAUACCACAAUAUAAUAACUCCAUUUAUUUUGUCUUGAAUGACAAUGAAGUUACCAUUAUUAAUGAUUAUAAAGAUCCUAAAAUAUCACAACCAGAGCCUAACUUAACAUUGGGUAAUAAAAUCAAAAAGGCAAGAAAGAAAACUAAAUAUAGGUUGAGUGAAUUGAGUUGCCCUGAUUGUGGAAAAACUUUUGACUAUCCGCAACACAUGGCAUUGCACUUCCAACAGUCCACAGAUCUGAAACGAUGCUGCCCUAUAUGCGGGGAGAUAAUGUAUAGGGAUGAAUUAAUUAAGCAUUUAGCAAAGGAACACAAAAAGAAGCCUUACCCAUGCCCAAAAUGCCCAUUUAUUGCACUCAGCUUAAGCCAACAUUCUGAGCAUCUAGCCAAAACUCAUGGUCCUAGUUCGCACAGCUGCGGAGAUUGUGGCCGAAGCUUUCAGUCAAUGUAUGCUCUGAGUGCCCACAUGGGAGUCCAUGCCGUGAAGACCUGCCCUGGGUGUGAUAAGAUGUUCCGUAACCAAAUGUGCUACAGAUACCAUGUCAAACAGUGCUGCAACUUAGAUACCACAAGGGAAGAUACUCAUAGGACCAAAAACAAAGUGACAGUUGAAGUUAAAAACGCUAAAAGCAACAAGAAAAUUAAAGUAGGUUUGCGAGGCAGCAGUAACAACGAAUGUUUCUGUGACUAUUGCGGCAAAAGGUUUAGUGGCAAGAAGUUUGUGGCUGCUCACAUACAAAUAGUCCACUUAAAGAAUACUCAUAGGCCUUGUCCAUACUGUGGCAAGUUCCUGGCCUCUGCCCACAUGACUGAGCAUAUUAAGAAACAUGAACAAACCGUAUCAUUCACCUGUGAACGCUGUGGCCUCAUACUUCGUAGUAGGCUGGGGUAUGUGCAGCAUCUGCGCCUACAUACAGGAGAGAUGCCGUACGCUUGUAAAUAUUGCGGCGAGACAUUCUCGGCUUCUUCGCGCCGAUCGGAGCACAUUAGAAAGGUUCACAAGGCGUCAGAAAUUGUCCUGAAACAGGAGUGCAAGUUCUGUCCGGCUCGCUUCCGCUUGCCUUACGCCCUGCGCAAGCACCUGCUGACAGCGCAUUCGGACAAAUCUGAGGAGCACGAGCCCCAGUUUGAGUGCACCAUUUGUCAGGAGAAAUUCGGGAGCUGCCGAGGCCUCGUCCAUCACAGCAGGAAACACCAGCAGUUUCCAAUGAAAGUCUACAACAAGUCGAAAAGGCAUUGCGAAAGCUUAGACGAUAUUGGAAGUGAAAGUGUUGAUAUUUGCUUCAGCCUACUGACGUGUCGCCUGAUGAUGAUGAUGACGGUAGCUCGGUGGUUUCAGAUGCGGGAGGAGGCGGGGCUGCCACGGGGCCUCUGCGCGGAGUGCCUGCAUCACGCCAUAGCCGCCACGCAGUUCCGCCUAGUCUGCAUCGAGUCGAACCGCCAAUGGCACCAGUCCGUUGACGCCUUCAUGCAAAUAAACAGGCAAAACGACAACCUAAAGACGGUUUACGCCUUCUAUAACACAGACGGGACCACCACAGUCGUGGGCGAUCAAUUCGGACAAGCCAAAGACAGUAGCGAAGCCUUCGUCAGGCUGACAGACUCGUCGAGCAAGAAGAGAAAGAAAAGAACGCCGCGAAAAAAACAGGCGGUCAAAAAGAAACCCUUGCGUUUUAAAUGCCCAGAUUGUGGUAAAAGGUUCGCCACACCGCUAGAGUUGGACGAGCACGUCAUCAAAUCAAACAGACGCGUGUGCGUUAUUUGUGGUGAGCUCACAUCGCGACCCGCUCUCAGUAAACACUUACUCAAAGCGCACAACAAAUCCGUUUUAGAUUGCGGCGUUUGUCACAAGUUGUUCGACCAGCAGGAUCUCCUGGAUCGACAUACUGCUGAGAGCCACGGCCUGUAUUCGCAUACUUGCUCGAAUUGUGGGGAGGGGUUCCCGACAGAACGCGCACUCAGCGCACAUCUGUACGUCCAUACGCUCUUCCACUGCCCUGUUUGCAAAAAGACCUUCGAAAACCGCAAAUGUUUCAAGUACCACACCGCCAACAGCCACAAGAUAAUUAAUCCGUCUCAGAGAAUGGAACCAGACGAUGAGAUGUACAUGUGUCACGAUUGCGGCGCAACCUACCGCAACAAGCCAGCGUUGCGCAUCCACAUUAUACAGAAACAUUUGAAAGUGCUGCCGUUCUCUUGCUCGGUUUGCGGCAAACGAACCUCGACGCUAGGUCAUCUCAAAUCCCACGAGGCAGUGCAUGCGAAAGAGCGUACGUUGAUAGAAUGUCCGGACUGUAAGGCAAAGAUGCGUACGGCAUUAGGGUUUGCGUUGCACCAGCGUAUACACACAGGGGAGAAGCCUUACAAAUGCUCGGAGUGUGACGAGCGGUUUCUUUCGGCUUCCCGACGGCUGGACCACAUGAGACGGAAGCAUAUGAGUGAGAGUGAGAAGGCGCAUGGCUGCACGCAGUGUUCAGCUCGCUUCUUGAGGGAAGAGCACCUUUGUCCGCAAGGGGUGUGCGUGACAUGUGUGACGGCCACUCUGCAGGCCUUCGAGCUGCGCAGCCUCGUCCGGAACUCCGAGAGGAGCUGGAACGACGCGCUGACAGCCCUACGCAAGCUGCCCACCGACGUCAACGCGCCUGUACGCACUAUAUACGCCUUCGUCAAAGACGACAACGCACACAUCCUUAAAAACUAUUCAGGGAGCGAUUCCCGAACCGCUUUGAACAGACUAAAAUCCCGACUGGUCCAUAAAAGAAAACGAACGGAGAGAAAGCCGAGAGUUGCCAGAAACGGACCUUCAUGCACGUGCCAGGAUUGCGGGAAAGUGUUUUCCAGUCCGCACUAUUUGAGCGCGCAUCUGCAAAACAGCUCGCAGAAGCAAGCGUGCCUCACGUGCGGCGCCGUCGUCAUACGAGGCAAGGGAAUGAAGGAACAUCUGGAGUCAGUGCACGGGGAGCCACACUUACUGUGUCCAGACUGCCCUCUGCUCUUCCCGUCGCAAGCGGAAGUGGACAAACAUAAGAGAACAGCACACAAGUCCGGCGCGCACACUUGCUGCGACUGCGGCCGGAAUUUUCCACGAGCGUCGUCGUUCGAGACUCACCAGCAAAUGCACGCUGUAAGGACCUGUCGCACUUGCGGCGCCCAGUUCUCCAACCGGGGCUGCUACCGUGAGCACAGGUCUGCGUGCGAACCCGACGCUAAACCGAACAUCAAACUCCUCCGUCGAGAUCUCAGAUCAAACAUCCGUGAUCCUGCCACGUACACCUGCGACUACUGCCAGAAGACCUACCAUUCCCGCCCGCAGCUAAAGAACCACAUCAUGUGGAUACAUAUGAACGUGCGCCCGCACCAGUGCCAGUGGUGCGGCAAGCGUUUCUACACGUCCGCUCGUCUGACAGAACAUACCAUAGUGCAUACGCGAGAGAGGAACUUUGAAUGUGAUAUUUGUGGAGCGAAGCUUGUGACCAAGAUGGCGAUGGUUUACCACAAGCGACGCCACACGGGAGAGAAGCCAUACGAGUGUGACGAUUGUGGAGAGAAGUUCAUAUCUGCCUCUCGCAGGUCGGAGCAUGCCAAGCGGCGGCACGGCAAAGGAACCAUGUUCCAGUGCACUCACUGCCCAAGCCACUUCGUUAGAGGGCAUGAGCUAAGGAAGCACGUUGAUAAAGUGCAUAAAAUAACAGCUGAUUCAAAGAAGCCCUCAAAGGAAGAAGCUAUAACCUCUGAUCUUUAGUGGCGGGCGUUUUGGACUUGCGGAGGCCUGUUCGCAGUGUUUUGUGGUUUACUGAUUAGUUUGCCCCUAUUUGUGAUGAGACUAUGUUUUUUGCUUUAUUUAAAUCGUUACUGCUAUAAUGAAAUGUCUGCAGUCACUUUUACAUGGAAAAUACAUCAUUUUUAGUUUAGUUUCAUAUAAUGUUGUAAAUAUAGAAUUAAAUAAUGAAUUAUUUUUUCUACAAA